GCAUGUUUGUCUGUAUGUUUAUGUGUGUAUCAUGUACAUUAAGGCUGGUUACAGUCAAUAUUACAAUUGAAGUAAUAAGGAAUGGCUCUGUACUAAUGCAAAUUAUUCCUUGUCAAUAGAUAAAGGACUAUAUGUAUUUAUUACUUCAUGGAGCAAAAAACUCCACAUCGUCAAUUAACAAGAAUUAAACCAUAGUGUAGUUGAUGCCAAGGAAUACAAUUCUAUAUGUUGUUGAGGAAGAGCACAGUGGAGGUUCCGACAAUAGAGAAGGAUAUAAACUCAGUUUUCAUACUGGGUCUUAUCCAACACAAAUGUUUAUUGAACUUCAAGAAUUAGUACCAAGAGUGGAUGGUGGAUUACAAUUCAAUGAAUCAAUUUUUAAAAUGCCAGUUGCAGCUCAUUUUCGAGUUCUUUGGUUGGAAACAGCAAGAUGGGUGAAUUUUGAAGAAAAUUUUAAUGAAGUAGAACAACGUUUUACAGAAGCUCAUGUACCACCUAUGAAAUUUUCUUGUAUAAAUAGCUUCAGGGAUAAAUUACAACAGAAUUUGAAAAUUAUACAAACUGAUGCACUUACACUUGGUCAAGCCCUUGAUGAAGUGGCAAAAUAUGCUUUAUCACAAAACUGUAUUCAAGGAAAUGAACAAUAUGAUGUUUUACGCGCUAUCUUGUUUGCUGAACGUUGGCAUCCAGAAGUUAAAGGUCAUAUAUCUGAUGCAGCUGAAUUCGAUCAGUAUUGGGCAGGAACUUUACCGGAAGGUAUCAAUCCUAAACCAGCCUUUUUACAAAGAGCAUCUGUGGCAGCGAUCGGAGCUAAGAAGCAUAUUUCUAUGACAAGAGCAUCUGCUUCAACGAAUGAUUUUAAACCAAAGGAGCAAUGUUCAGUUAAGAGAUCAUGUGUAUCAUAUAAUGAUCUUGGUUAUAAGCUUUCUCUAGGUAGUAGAGAACAAGGAUCAAGUUCACUUACAAAAGCGCUUAGUAUACACAAUGAAUGUCAACAUCCAUAUCAUCGAUAUAAUCAACCAUUAACUAAUUGUUUAUCAUCUGGUUCUGAAGCAUGUACUGUUAUUUGUGGUUUAAUUGAAUUUUUAAAAUCACCAAUUCUUGUAUUGUUAAGAUUAAAUAAAACUAUUCAACGUUCAUGUAUUUCUGAAGUGGAUAUUCCAGUACGUUUUAUAUUUAUUUAUAUUGGACCACAAAAUGAUGAAUUAAAUUAUGCUGAAUUGGCUCGUAUAUUUGCAGUAAUGAUGACGAAUGAUACAUUUCGAUUAUGCGUUUACGACUCAAUUUCUGUUGAUGAUAUUAUAAAAGGAAUUGAUAAUUUUAUGCAAGAUUCAUUUGUUAUGCCACUUUCACGUCAUUAUAAUGCUAAUGCUCUAGCUGGAAUGACACGUCAAAUUGAAGCAUAUAGAAAAGAAACAGUCUGUGAAAGAGAUGGUGAUCGCCGUCCAAAAGGUUCAUUUGCAGUGAGAAAAUUGACUGAACAAUCACAAAACAAUUUAGUCAAUGGUUCAUAUGUUCCAUCUUCACUUAAUUUAAAACAACAAACUGAUAAUAUUAUUAAACCGGAUAAUGAUAAAUUACCUAUUCCAUCAAAUGAAAUUGAUACACCUAAAAUAUCUAAACGAAAAUUAUUUUUACGAGAUUUUUGUCCACCAUUUAUUGAAUUAUCACGUGGAAUUCGACCAUGGAUAAAAAGAAUGCCAGGUGAUUAUAAAGAUGCAAUAAAAAAAGAAAAUUUCAGUAUUGUUUUUGGCAGUGUUCUAUUUAUCUACUUUGUCAAUCUUUCACCGUCUAUUACAUUUGCUGCAUUAUUAAAUACACAAGUUGACCCUUCCUAUACUGUGACGUUAACUCUUUUAGCAGUUGGAGUUUUUUUGAUUAUUUUCACUAUUUUAUCCGGUCAACCACUGGCAAUUAUUGGUAUCUCUGCUCCUAUGUACAUUGUUGAAUCUUCCUUAGUGUCGGUUUCAAGGAGUACAGGAGUUGAUUUUAAACAAUUAAGAUUUUGGAGUGCUUUUUAUUGUUCUAUAUUUGGUUUCAUAUUUGUUGGUUGUAAUAUAUCUGGAAUAGCUAAACAUAUAAGACGAUCAGUAGAAGAAGUAUAUAAUUCAUUUAUUGGAUUUUUCUUUUUACUUAAAGCAUUAUUUACAAUGUUUUUAUUGAUUCCUGCUAAACCUAAAGAUAACACUCCAAUGUCUAGAAUGGCUUAUUAUCAAAAAUUAGCAGUAGCUGGAGUUACACUAUUUUUAGCAUUUAUAAUGCUCCAGUUCUGUUUAAUACUUGCUCAGUUAAAACGUGGAAAUUACUUUAGAAGGAAUAUAAGAAAACUUCUAGGUGCUUUAAAUGUUCCACUUGGUAUGUUACUUAUUACUGGAUUGGAAAGAAUAUUCUUUAAAGGUUAUAAUUUACCUACUGUAAAUAUACCACCAUCAAAUCAAGUUAAUGCAUCGACAUGGGUUAAUCCACCGGAUUUUUCACGUUUACAAGAUUAUAGUAGAGCUGCACCAACACUUAUUCAUGGAACUUCAAUAGCUAUCGGUGUAGCAUUGGCUAUUAUUAUAUUUACAGAAGCAGCUUUGAAUGGUUUAACAGCAAUGAAAAAUAAAGCUGUGAAACCAAAUAUUUUUGUUAUGGAUUUGGUAUUAUUACAAAUUAUAUUCCCUAUUAUCAGUGGAAUAACUGGUUGGCCAUUUAUGUCUGGUACAACAGUUAGAACACUUAGCAAUCUUGUUGCCCUAGUCAAAAUGGAUCAAAGUCCUGCACCUGGUAUGCCUCACAAGAUUGUGGGAACAGUAGAGCAACGAGUUAGCGGUGUAUUUGUGGGAAUCCUUGUUGCACUUUCAAUAUUCCUUGGAUCUAUAUUAAGCAACAUUCCAUUGGCUGCACUUUAUGGAAUGUUUUUAUACAUGGGCGUAAUGGGAUUGAGAGAUUUAACAUUUGUUUUAAGGAUAUGCUCCUUAAUGAAACGUCGAAAACAUUGGGAAGAUUGGGAAUGUGUUCGUGGUCUUCCCAGUAGGCAUAUACUUGUCUUCUCACUUAUUCAAGCUGCAGUUGUUUUAAUUCUAGUUUCAUUGAAUAUAAUUUCUGAUUUUACAGUAGCCAAUUAUGUUGGGCUUAUCUUUCCGAUCGUUAUUCUCAUCUAUGGCCUUAUUCGUGAAUUCGCACUGCCUAAAUGGGAAUGGUUGGCGUUAUAUUUACAUCAACUUGAUCGUAAAUAUAAACUACAUCCAAGUGUUAUGCGUAAACCACCAUCAACUGUACGUAAUUUAUCAACAAUACAUAAAGAAAGUGUUGGUAGUUUUGCAUCCGGUGGUUUAACUGUUACAUCACAAUUAAAAACUAAUAAUUUUAUUGAAUAUAUACAUGAUCAAGAAACAGCUUCAUAUAGUGAUAUUAGUGAACAUGAAGAUGGUGUAGUUCGACGAACUUGGGCAACAUAAAUUCAACGCAGACAUAUAAAAUUCAAAAAUCAAAUAUUAUUUGCAUAUUUUUCUACUGAUUACUUCAUUCACUCACUUACAUAUAUACAUAUAUACUUCAAUUUUCUGUUACUGUACAACAAUUGUGCAAUGUAACAAAUAAUAAACAUGGAAACUAACAUUAUGAAUACCUCUACACCCAACUACAGAAAUCUAUUAUUCUUUUCACAUAUAUAUCUUCACUUAGUUUGUGUACUAUCACAUACAUACACCUCCUUUUCUCCUUGUUUAUCUCUUCUCCAAUAUUAUUCAUAUACAAAUCAUUAAGUUUAUUAAUUCAUGUAGGUAACUCUACUUUACAUAUCCUUUUGAGUAAUAUGAUUCUAUAAAGGGGAAAUUACACCUAUCCUUUAUGCUUUUGAUCCAAAAAUUAUACAAUGAUUCAUUAGGCUUUAUUAUUUUUUUUAAAAGAAAAGAGAAAAAAAAUUUUGGUUUCCAGUCCCUUUUGAUCUCAUUCAAUUCUGGUUUGUUGUUUUUUUUCUCCCCUCUGAUUUUAUUUUUGUUGUUUUCUUUUACCUUAGUUGGCAGAUUCAAUCAAAACACUUACAUAUAUACAUAUACUAACACAUAGAAAACAAUCAUUUCACACCUACCAGGCAAUGAUAAUAGUUUGUUUCCAUUGGUACUAAGAUUAUAUAUAGUUUCAAUGUUUCUUUAAGCUUUCCAUAAACUUAUAAAUAUACUAUAUUAUGCAUUGAAAAUACCGUUGGAAUAUCAAAAUAAUACAACUAUUUUGUAAUAUACAUAUUUAUAUAUAUAUAUAUAUAAAAUUUCAUUGAUUUCAA